GGGAGGCGGAGCCGGCCCGCCCGUAUUUAUGCUGAGCCCUGCCGGGAGCGGCGCCGUGAGUGUGGGGCGGAAGCGCCCGACACCUCGUUCCUCCUGCCCGGGUGCAGGCGACGAGGAUGAGCCAAAGAGACACCCUGGUGCAUCUCUUUGCUGGCGGAUGUGGAGGUACUGUUGGUGCAAUUCUGACAUGUCCACUGGAAGUUGUAAAAACACGCCUGCAGUCCUCCUCUGUGACUCUCUACAUCUCUGAAGUUCAUCUCAACACUCUGAAUGGUGCUACUGUCAACCGAGUAACCCGAGUUUCUCCGGGACCUCUCCACUGUCUGAGGAUGAUCUUGCAAAAUGAAGGCCCUCGUUCUCUGUUCAGAGGGCUGGGUCCUAAUUUAGUUGGCGUUGCUCCUUCCAGAGCAAUAUAUUUUGCUGCUUACUCAAAUUGCAAGGAAAAGUUGAACAGUAUUUUCAAUCCAGAUUCUACCCAGGUACACAUGAUUUCAGCUGGUGUGGCAGGCUUUACUGCGAUCACAACAACUAAUCCCAUUUGGUUGGUGAAGACACGAUUACAGCUUGAUGCAAGGAAUCGUGGAGAAAAGCGAAUGAGCGCAUUUGAGUGUGCCCGCAAAGUUUAUCGCUUGGAUGGCUUUAGAGGCUUUUACCGGGGAAUGUCUGCGUCCUACGCAGGCAUAUCUGAGACUGUUAUUCACUUUGUCAUUUAUGAGAGUAUUAAGAAAAAAAUACUGGAGUAUAAGACUGCUGGUGCCAUGGACAAUGAGGAUGAAUCAAUAAAAGAAGCAUCGGACUUUGUUCGAAUGAUGAUGGCUGCUGCCACUUCCAAAACAUGUGCAACGUCAAUAGCAUAUCCCCAUGAGGUUGUACGAACAAGACUAAGAGAAGAGGGAACAAAAUACAGAUCUUUCUUCCAGACACUCUCUUUGCUUGUGCGAGAGGAAGGGUAUGGCUCCCUUUACCGAGGUCUAACUACACACCUGAUCAGACAGAUUCCAAACACGGCUAUCAUGAUGUCCACCUAUGAAGUUGUAGUCUACUUACUUGAUGGAUAGCAGUGUGACAAGGUGGAAGAAGGUGGAAGACUGAAAGACUGGAGUGGACCACUGAAUGUCAAUGCCAAUGUGGUGGGCUAAAGGAGCGUUGUAUCAGGAGCAAGCAGCUGUGGAUGAAACAGAAGGUUGAUUGUGGGCAACUCUGAAUAAUUUUGCUGCCUUUAUUGUGUGGUCUCAUGUCAAUGUGACAAAUGGGAACUGCCCCUUAGGGAAUGCCUUCAUACAUCUCUUAAUUCAGAAUUAUUCUUUUCAUCUGUUAAACUAGACAAAGCCAUUAAGUAAUCUUCAGAGACAUGAUAGGUGAGGGAGGGGACAUGAAAUAUGUUGUUGGCAAUCCUAUUACUUUCUCUUAGUGAUUGCUCUCAGCUACAUCGUUUUUGUUCUGUUUUACUGCACAGUAACCUGUUGGAGGAAUGGGCAAGACAGUACUUUCAUAGCUUUCUAUACCUGAAACUUCCAUUUAGUUGCUCUGAAGAUUCAUAGAGACUGAGGGACUGAGGUAGUGUGGUAAGUGUGUGAAGUUUUCCAUGUUGCUACCUCAAGACAAAAUAUGGUGCAGGGACCCAGAACAGUUAUUUCUUCACUACAAAAGGUGAUACCUGUUGUAGCUUUUUGGUUUUGGUUGUUCAUUUUGUUUUUUAUUUUCCUUGACGUUUGAGCAGUGUUGGUUGAAAGAGUCUGAUUGUUCAACUCUGCUCUUCAGGUUAUCAGUCUGUUAAUGUUGGUGUAUGUGGGCUUCUGGUCCUGCUGCAUCAUGCUUUUUCUUUUCUGGAACUUUUCCUAAGUAAGAGAGGCCUAUGAAACAUUGUCCUGUAUCAUCAGUUUUCCUUGCCAAUGUGUUCAGGUCGCUCACACAGCUAAGGAAGUUGCUGAAUGCCACUUUAUAGCCUUUUUAAGGAUUUGUAAUGUGAUUAGAAAUCUCAAUUAGUCCAGCCUCCCGUUUGUGAAGACAGGAUUCACUCAGAUUCAUGCUGCCUAAGCACAAGUUGUAUUACCAGUGUUUAUAUGGGAGUACUGGAGGAGAACACAUAUCACUGUGGCUAGGAUGACCAGAAAGCAGAAACCAGUUGAAGUUGUGAUAGAUCUUGUCAGUGCAGACAGGCUCUGUGCAGAAGGAUGGAGAAAUUGUAAAUAAUAUUUUCUUGAAAGCAUUCCCCCUCAUAAAUGCUGUAUGACUUCUGUCAGCUUGAGCCUGUGUACUGAGCUAUAACCUUGUCCUCCACAUUGUCUGAUUAUUCAGGCAUUGGUUUUGUUCUGUAAGCCAAUUGCAAAUUAAUGCCUUGCAUUCAGCAGUGAGGCUUAGCUGGUUUAUUCUGUCAUAAUUUACAGAUUUUUCCAAAAUCAUACAACUGGAGUGUCAAGCAGUUUAAUGUUACAGGAAGUUUUACAGUUUUCCAGACAGAUAUCUUCUCAGUCUGCAUCCAUUGUCCUUAUGAGGAAGAUGAUAUAAGUUGGGGUCAAUAGCUUUCUCUGUAUAAAUGCUGCUACACUGGCAUGGACAGAACUGUGCUCUCAGCUCUUCCAGUGUGGUACUUCAGUACACUUGAACUGUGCAUCAUGUGCAAUGGCUUUAUUUUAUUAAUGACUUCUUAUGCACUUUGUGGCCUUCUUAGGGCUUAUGACUUUUCUUCCUCUUACUGAUUAUCUGGAAUCAAACCGUGUUUGAAAUAUGCAGUUUGGUUUUAAACAAAGCAUGUGGUUUGAUUUCUGUGUAAGCUGAGCAGGAGUUUAUGCUGUAAAUCCAUAGCAUCUCUGUGGCACUGGUUCUGUAAGCUGUCUGUAAAACCUCAAAGCUUGCAGAACAAUGUCUGGGGUGUUUUUUUUUUUUUGUUUUCCAUACAGUGUCAAAGUAUUUGAGUAUUUAAUGUAAUUCUCUGUAUUAAUUGCUCAUCCUCUAAAAGCCACCCAUAGUAAGUACAUUUACCUUGCAGUGCUGUAUUGACUUCCCUGCUUGGAAAAUGUUCCCUUUUUUUAGACUGCAUAGUCUGAGGGGUGACCAUGGUGAGCUUGAUUGUCUCAAAUAAGUGAAAGGAGUGCUUAAAUGUGUUUUAAAGUGGGCUUUUUCUAGUGGUCUCCCUAGGAAAAGACUGGAGUAUUUAUGACUGACCUAAGCCUUGAUGUGGUGCUUUUGUCCAGAUAAAUAAAUGCAGUAAUAGUGACUUACUGUAAUUUUUGUAAUGUAGAAAGUGGGUCACCCUUCAGGUUAUCUAGAUUACUCAGUCAUAGCCAAAACUUAAAUUGGCAAAGAACAUACUCAGCUUUGGAGUUCAUGAAUACAGUGAACACUUGGAGUAGCCUAGGCUUAAUGAGAGUUUCUCUCCUCUCUUUGGACAUGUUGUCCCUUGGUUCUGUGUUAGUCUCCAGUUCCUGGGUAUUCCCUGGGUACUGUGUGUGUGCCUUCUCUGGGUAAGAGCAGAGCCCCUGGAGGUGAUAAGUAGGACAGUUAAACAAGGACAGUUGAAUAUGGGAGAUAACAGCUAAAAGCAGACAAUCAGCUUAUUACUCCACCUCUUUAAAGGAUGUUGCAGCUUUGUUUUAAACUUCAGGGGUGAUCAUUUUGGCUUAUUUUUCAUAACCAAACAUAACUCAAAUAUUUCUUGGGAUUUUCAUUAUUUUUAAACUACAAGUAGCUACAAAAUUACCUCUGAUAUAUUUCCCAAAGACCUUUAAAUUAUUUAUGUAGUUUUCUUGAUAUUUAUUAUAAAAACUCAAGGGAAAUAACAAGAUGCUUCAUUCAAUAAUAUCUUUAACUACAGAGCUGAAAGCAGUGCAUUUAAACUUGGUCAUCUUGAUUUGUAUUUGGGUGUCAUGUAUGUAUGUCCCACUUGUGUGUGCUAGACGAUAGGACGAGUGAAGAACUCUUUAGCCAUGAAUUCGUUCCUCAUUUCCGUGGCUGUGCUCGGAGCCGAGGUUGGUGCGCGGCGGGGCCGCAGCUGCGCGGUGCGGCCGGCAGGGGGCGCGCCCUGCGCGGAUUGACGGCACGGAGCGGCAAACGGCCCCGGGAGCGGCGUCCGGAGAUCCGUGCUGUGCCCCGCUCUCCGCUCUCCCUGCUGGGCACUACGCUCACUCGAGGGAGCUGGGGGGACUGCUGCUGUUGUAGUUGUUACUGAGACAUCGCCUGUCCACUUACCCAUCUCGCCCCUAUCUCUGUUUACGUAACGCACUCCGCAUCUUCCCUUGUUGAUUGAGGUGUUAAUGACAGCGGAUUGUUUGUUUGUUAAUGACAGUUUCUGCUAGUCUGGUUUUUUUACAUCUGCAACAUUCCUCAGAGUGCAGCAUUGUAAAAGAAUGCUUCCAGAUACAAGAGUGGAGAGCCUUUAUAAAUGUUGCUUCCUGUUUAAACUGUUCAGAUUUGGAAAACAAGCUGAAUGCUGAAGCGUGCCUAGGUAAAUGUACUACUUUUUUCAACUUUCUGUUAAGACUGAGUUAUGUAAGUUUUUUCAGUUCUUCUGUUUAAGAGUCUGCCUACCCUGCAUAUGUGAACAUGACUAUGCCCUCAGAGUCAUAGCUAAACACUCACAGAUGACAGAUUGAGAAUACUUCAGUACUCAUGUGAGGUUUGCUAUUCUUGCAUACAUGUAGUUGGCUGUAAACUAUGUGCAUUUACUCUGUAUUUAUAUAGUUAACUUUUUGUUUGGAUUGCUUUAAACUUCAAAGCAAAUUAAAAUUAUGUGCUUCUAUUCAAAUGUUGCCUGCUGUGCUAAACUGUACACUGUUUUUAACCUUUGACUUUUUCUAUUAUUGAUACAUACCAGUGCCUGCACAGUUGUGAUUAAAAAUGAAAAAUUCAUUAGCCCAGUGAA